GUGACUUUACUGCACGGACUGGGGGAUUCAAGUGAUGGUUGGGCUGAUGUGUUCGCCCACGAAAUCCGCAAUGACGAUACGAAGUAUAUUUUGCUCACUGGUAAUAUGACAUCCCUGGAUGCAUCACGAACAGUGACAUUGAAUAUGGGAAUGAGAACGCCAGCUUGGUUCGAUUUAUUUGGAUUAGACGCUAGCGCCUGCGAGGAUUCAGAUGGAAUAGCCCAGGCUACACGAAUUGUUCAUGGGAUGAUCGAUGCAGAGAUGGCGACUGGCAUUCCAUCGGAGAAAAUCAUGCUAGGAGGUUUUUCAAUGGGAGGAGCAGUGGCUCUCUACGCUGGUCUCACCUAUCCACACAAACUCGCUGGAAUUGUUGGCCUGAGUUCCUUCCUCGUCCAAAGGGACAAACUACCAUGGGUAUGUUCUGCGCUUUGA